AUGUACUCCACAAAAGCAGCUGCUUCCAGAUGGAUCCGACUCGGCCGCUCGCUCGCUACCGCCGAGGCCUCCGUCGUUCCAAAGAGAAAAGCCACAGUCUUUACUGAUGCCCUCAACAAAGGACCCCUGUUUGACGACUUUGUCAGCGGAAAAGCGUCCGAAAUGGUGAUUGAUCCAUUGGAGGCUGCCAGAAACGACCCGGAGGCCAAGCUUCCUCGAUGGUUGAAGGUUCCUAUCCCCAAGGGACAAAGCUUCCACAAAGUGAAGAAGGAUGUCAGAGAACUCAAGCUUGCGACUGUGUGUGAAGAGGCCAAGUGUCCUAAUAUUGGAGAGUGUUGGGGCGGAAAGAAAUCCGAGGCUACGGCCACCAUAAUGUUGCUUGGUGACACUUGCACUCGUGGAUGUAGAUUCUGCUCGGUGAAGACCAACAGAAACCCCGCCAAACCGGACCCGAUGGAGCCCGAAAACACCGCCGAGGCGAUCCUGCGAUGGGGAUUGGGCUACGUCGUUUUGACCACUGUCGAUAGAGAUGAUUUGGUGGACGGUGGUGCGGCUCACUUGGCAGAGACCGUGCAGCGCAUAAAGACCAAGGCUCCACAAAUCCUCGUGGAGGUUUUGAGUGGAGAUUUCCGGGGCAACCACGCGGAUUGCGCGACACUUGCAACGUCUGGCUUGGAUGUCUACGCCCACAACUUGGAGACUGUUGAGGCCUUGACGCCUCAUGUCAGAGACCGUAGAGCCACCUACCGUCAAUCAUUGAGCAUUCUUGAUACGGCCAAGAAAACCACACCGGGAUUGAUCACCAAGACAUCGUUGAUGCUUGGUCUUGGAGAGACCGACGAGCAAGUCAUGCAGACGCUCAAGGACUUGAGGGAGGUGAAGUGUGAUGUUGUAACCUUUGGCCAGUACAUGCGUCCCACCAAGAGACACAUGAAGGUCGUGGAGUACGUGAAGCCGGAGAAAUUCGACUACUGGAAAGAUGUCGCUUUGGAGCUCGGAUUUCUCUACGUGGCUAGUGGUCCCUUGGUGCGUUCCUCAUACAAGGCUGGUGAAGCGUUCAUUGAGAAUGUCUUGAGAAAGAGGAAACACAACGUGGGAGACAGCGAGAGAAAGGCCCAUCUCGACGAGGCCAGUGCAAGCGCAUGA